UUUUCCUAUCAAAGCCUCAAAAUUCAUUAGAAAGUCAUGGACUUCAUAAAAGUUGUCCCUCUCAUUUCUUUUCUAUAUGCAUGCAUUCAUAUUAUAGCCUUUGGCCUACUUUGCAAAAACAAAAAAUCUCCUAAACUCCCACCAGGUCCUCCUAGUUAUCCUUUAAUAGGAAACAUAUUGCAACUUGGUCCUUCAAAACUCCACCAAUCACUUACUAAACUCUCAAAAACAUAUGGACCAAUUAUGAGAGUUACAAUUGGCACUAUUACCACUAUUGUAAUUUCCUCUCCAAAAAUAGCCAAAGAAGCACUUCAUAAAAAUGACCAAGCCUUGUCUAAUAGAUUUAUACCUGAAUCUGUCCAAGCACUUUCACAUGAUAAAUCUUCUCUAAUAUUUAUGCCUAUCUCCCCAAAAUGGAAGACCUUAAGAAAAAUUUGUGCCACCAAAAUAUUCUCAUCUCAACAACUUGAUUCUACUCAAUCACUUCGAUUAGAAAAAUUGAAAGAACUUGUUGUUUACUUAAAAGAAAAUUGUGAAAAGGGUAAAGCUAUUGAUAUUGGUGAGGUUGCAUUUACUAUAUCUCUUAAUUCAAUAUCAAACACUCUAUUCUCCAUUGACAUGGCUAGCUUUGCUUCCAGUUCUUCACAAAAUUUUAGAGACGUUAUUUCCUCUAUGUUGAUCGAAGCUUCGAACCCGAAUAUCGCAGACUAUUAUCCGAUUUUGCGUAGAAUUGAUCCACAAGGAUCGCAGCGAAGGAUGAAGAAUUAUUACCAGAAGUUGCUUACACUUUUUGAGUCUAUAAUUGAAGAUAGAAGUAAUCAAAGGAAAGAUUGUGUGAUGGAAGGAAGUGAUGUGCUAGACUUGUUUCUCAAUAUGAUUCGAAAUGAAAAUUCCGAAUUGACAAAACAUGAUUUGUUACAUCUUUUUCUGGACUUAUUUAUAGCUGGGACAGACACAACAUCAGUCACAAUUGAAUGGACAAUGGCAGAGUUGCUACAAAAUCCAGAGAAAUUGAAGAAAACAAGAAAGGAACUUCAAAAAGUAAUCAACAAAGACGAAGGAGUUAAAGAUUUAGAUAUCACUAAUCUCCCUUACUUACAAGCAGUUGUAAAAGAAACCCUUAGGUUGCAUCCAUCAGCCCCUAUAUUAGUCCACAAAUCAGUUUCUGAGGUUGAAUUAUGUGGUUUUAAGGUACCAAAAGAUGCACAAGUUCUUGUGAAUGUGUGGAGCAUGGGAAGAGACUCUAGUAUUUGGAAUGAUCCAAAUUUGUUUGUACCUGAAAGAUUUUUAGAAAGUGGAGAUGUUUUUAGAGAAGAAGAUUUUGGGUUCAUUCCAUUUGGAGCUGGGAGAAGAAUGUGUCCUGGUGUUUCUUUUGCUCAUAGGGUUGUGCAUACCAUGUUGGCCACAAUGCUUUACCAUUUUGAUUGGAAGUUAGUUGAUGAGGAAAAAUGUGAAGACAUUGACAUGACUGAAAAUUUUGGGGUUACUUUGCACAAAAUCAAGCCUCUCAUUGCUAUUCCCAUCAAAGAAGAAUUAGAAAAUAGUUAUAUAGUUUAACGAGUAUUCACCGUCAGUUUAAAGAUAUUUUAUACGAUCAAUAUUUAAGAAAAUUGUACUUUAGUUAUUAUUGAAUU